CCGGCAUUCCCCCAAUAUUAGCGUGCCAUUUACAGUUUGCGCCGCUGAAACGUCUUGCACUGGCUUCCUCUAAGAAGCGUCGAGCACUUUUCUAGGAGAUUUUGAAGAUCAAGUACCAUGUUCAACUCGCCUUAUCCACAAGGGAAGGGCGCGAUGUCGUUCCGUGGUCAGACCCCUUUUGACGGUGAACGGGUGCACUCUCCAGCUUAUUUCACCCCGGGGGAGAACUUCUCCUCACCGCGGCGCACACAGAGCCCUUCGAAUGGGCACGCUGGGUCUAUGUAUGGGAGAUCGCAGCAAGGAUCGCAACAUCAAUAUCAGCACAACAAUCAUGGAAACUUGUACGAGAACUUUCAUGAGCAGAAUGGGUCUCCGCCGCAUCAGUCGGGAAUGUAUAGCCAUUAUGAAUCACCAUAUCAACAGCCAAACUCGCACGAUGAGCACGAGCUUGCACAGCACCAACCUGGCAUGUAUGCCGAACAGCAGCAGAGACACCAGCCUUCACAGGACGAGGGUCCCAAGUAUGUACCAUCAUUUCUUACAGAAGCACUCUUGGGAAGCCCCAAAAAACGUCCCUCGCCAAGACUAUAUCAGGGGCUUCGAGAUCGGAGGCGAUCGUCGUCAGGAGCAGAUGAUUCAAGUAAUGUGAGCACAUCACCUAGACAGGAAGACGAUUAUAUACCGAGAAUGUCGCUAUUUGUGGACGGCGCACGUUGCUACGGGCUUCCGUACACAGGAUAUGAGGAUGCAGAUGUCCACUCUGAGCCCACCUCCUGGGCCGAAAAUAGCGUGGGCAGUAAAGGAGCGCGAACAAACUAUACCCAAAGAGGACGUGACACAAGUGUUUCCCGAUCGCUGCAUGAGGAGGGAACGAUGCUACCGGACACGCCAAUGGAUAUGUCCCCACUGUCGGUCGGGUCGAGGAGCAGCGUGGCGCCAGAUACCCCGACGCCCAAUCCCCUUGGCAAUACGGUAACCGUAUUGGGGAGCCGCGAUGUAGAUCUAUUAUUACAGGAGUUUAGCAACCUUGGACGCAUUAUUAGCCACAAGAAGGGUAGAAACUGGAUCGUCAUUCGAUAUGCGGAUCACAGUGCGGUGCGUGCGGCUCUCCGUCAUGACAACACGUUAUGGAACGACGAGGUCCUAGCAGUAAAAUCUGGCGAUACUGUCAAUGCGUAUGGGAGCGGCAUCCGUUCUGCGGCACCAAGCCUGUCAUCACCCAUUGCGAUUCCCGGGGCAUUUGAUUGGGCCACGUCCCCUGAUGACGGUUCAGCCAAUCCACCUUCCGAACCUGCUGCGGUACGGACAGAAGAAAACGGUCUGGCCAGUACUGUCAGCAAUGAUUUUGAGGACAAAAGCAAUGGCGUCGCUCCAGGCGCAGAAGAGAAAUAUGCAUCACCAGCUCCCCGUAAGGACGAUAUACUGCCUGUCACACCGCCAAAGUACGAAUCGUGGCCUCCUGUCUACGAUAAUGCGCAUGGAAAUCGGAUCAAGCCCGGCUAUUUUUCGGAUGGAGUUUUAGGAUAUGUUUAUGACUUUCUGUUCGGAUCCUAGUAUUUGACGAGCGGCCAUGCUGACUGUAUAUAUCUAACUUACCACGCACCCAGCCCAUCUCUACACUUAAAAAUGUAUACUGCCUGAUAAACCUGGGUUUCUAUCGGACUGAAUCCUGAUGUAAUUCUAUAUUUGCUGCGGUCUUUCGUCGUUCUUCUUCUUCCAUUUUCGCCUCCAGUAUCGCCUUCUCUGCUUUGCGCCGAUUUCUCGCCUCAAAGCUAAUAAGAAAGAGUCAUUACCUAGUUAGUGUAUAUGAUAGCCCCGCAAAAGCCAAUGGGAACCCACAUUUUUCUGUGCUCGAUAAUCCUGUUCACAAUAGAAUCCGUGGUCAAGCCGACCUUUGGUGACUCAAUUUGCAC